AUGGCGCUGCAGGCGCUGCAGAGCUCGGGGGUGGCCUUCCGCAAGAUCCUGUCUCACUUCCCGGAGGAGCUGAGCCUGGCUUUCGCCUACGGCUCGGGGGUGUACCGCCAGGCGGGGCCCAGCUCAGACCAGAAGAAUGCAGUGCUGGACUUUGUCUUCGCAGUUGAUGACCCUGUCGCGUGGCAUUCAGAGAACCUGAAGAAAAACUGGAGCCACUACUCCUUGCUGAAAGUGCUGGGGCCCAGGAUUAUCACUGCUGUCCAGAAUAACUACGGUGCUGGGGUUUACUACAACACGUUGAUCGCAUGUGACGGGAGGCUUAUCAAAUAUGGAGUUAUUAGCACCAGUGUUUUGAUCGAAGAUCUCCUCAACUGGAAUAACCUAUACAUUGCUGGUCGACUCCAAAAACCAGUGAAGAUCGUGGCGAUGAAUGAGGAUGUGGCUCUCCGCUCAGCCCUGGAUCAAAACCUGAAGAGCGCUGUGACCGCGGCCUUCCUCAUGCUCCCGGAAAGCUUUUCUGAGGAAGACCUGUUUACAGAGAUCGCCGGCCUCUCCUACUCAGGUGACUUUCGGAUGGUGGUUGGAGAGGAUAAGGCGAAAGUGUUGAACAUCGUGAAGCCCAACAUGGCCCACUUCCGGGAUCUGUACGGCCGCAUUCUGCAGGAGAGCCCCCAGGUGGUGUAUCAGGCCCAGCGGGGCAGCCUGGAGAUCGAUAAAAGCCCAGAAGGACAAUUCACUCAGCUAAUGACAUUGCCCAAAACCUUACAGCAGCAAAUAAAUCAUAUUAUGGACCCUCCUGGAAAAAACAGAGAUGUGGAAGAGACUUUAUUCCAAGUUGCUCAUGACCCCGACUGUGGCGACGUGGUGCGUCUAGGGCUCGCAGCAAUUGUGAGACCUUCCAGUAUCAGACAGAGCACCAAAGGCGUUCUCACUGCCGGUCUGAAGAAAUCAGUGGUUUAUAGCUCACUCAAACUGCAUAAAAUGUGGAAAGGAUGGCUGAGAAAAACGUCCUGA